CGGCGUGUCAAAAACAACACCCCACAAACUUUUCUAAAAAGCCUUGGCGAUUCUCGUAAACGCUCGUUCCGUAUUAAAUUAGCAGCCCCUUCCGUUGCCGUCCCCGCCGGAACCAAACACGCAACGAUAUGGAUUCGAUGGUUCGAUACGUGUCGCCGGUAAACCCGGCCGUCUUUCCUCACCUGGCCAGUGUGCUGCUCCUUUUCGGAACCUUCUUCACGGCCUGGUUCUUCGUGUUUGAGGUGUCGCGCCCCAAGCAGCCAUCCAAGGAGAGCGUCAUCUUCAAGGAGCUCUUGAUCAGUCUGUUUGCCUCCCUGUUUCUGGGUUUCGGUGUCCUGUUUCUGCUUCUCUCGGUCGGGUUGUACGUGUAACGGGCCGAGGAAUAGAUAAAAGUGGCGGUUUUUCACAUUCUGCUCUCAUAACAUUCUCUAAAAUAACACAUUGCACACGAGAGCUCUCAGGCAAACCCUCAGAAAACGCCAGUCUGCCCGAGUCACAUGCAGAACGGUGGCAGUAGGCUCUUCCCUACGGAGAAGGGCGCAUCGCAACCGCACGCAUCGGUGUCCAUGGAAACUAAUUGAAUAUUAUGUGAAUGAUUUAGCUCGUAAGCCCAAUCGUCGUCGUAAGAAAUACAACAGCCUCAAACCAACCGAC